GGCCAAAUUCCCCUGAAGCACGAACACCCAACCCGAGCUUCGACCCCAUUCUCCUCGUACCGGUGAACUCCAACCCACCACCGCCUCGCCCGCUUCCGCAACGCCAGAACCCAAUCCGGCUUGCCCGCUGUUGUGGCAGUAGAGCUCUUUGAUACACUCCACCGUUUUAUCUCCUUUCGUGAAUACUUAGCUCGAGAUGGCUCCAGCCGCUGCCGAGAGCGCGUCGCCGAUUGGCAUUGCCAAUCUGCCCAACCAGCGGCACAAGAUUGUCGCGAAGAGGGGUGCCGCAUUCACCAUCAUGGUUGCUGGCGAGUCCGGGCUGGGCAAGACGACCUUCAUUAACACGCUCUUCUCCACCACCAUCAAGAACUACGCCGACCAUAAGCGCCGGCACCAGAAGCAGAUCGACAAGACGGUCGAGAUCGAGAUUACCAAGGCUGAGUUGGAGGAGAAGUUCUUCAAGGUCCGCCUGACUGUCAUCGAUACCCCGGGCUUUGGCGACUAUGUCAACAACCGGGACUCGUGGAUGCCCAUCAUCGAGUUCCUCGACGACCAGCAUGAGUCGUACAUGCUCCAGGAGCAGCAGCCGCGCCGCCAGGACAAGAUCGACCUCCGCGUGCACGCUUGCCUGUACUUUAUCCGUCCCACCGGCCACACCCUUAAGCCGCUUGAUAUCGAGGUCAUGAAGAGGCUGUGCACGCGCGUCAACCUUAUCCCAGUCAUUGCCAAGGCUGACACCCUCAGCCCGGCAGACCUGGCCAAGUUCAAGCAGAGAAUUCGCGCGGUCAUUGAGGCCCAGAAUAUCAAGAUCUACCAGCCGCCGGUUGAGGAGGACGACGAGGCGGCCGCCCAGCACGCGCGCAGCUUGAUGGCUGCGAUGCCCUUCGCCGUCAUUGGCUCCGAGAAGGACGUCAAGACGAACGACGGGCGCAUUGUCAAGGGCCGCCAGUACUCGUGGGGCGUGGCCGAGGUUGAGAACGAGGACCACUGCGACUUCAAGAAGCUGCGUUCGAUCCUGAUCCGCACCCACAUGCUGGACCUCAUCCACACGACCGAGGAGCUCCACUACGAGGCGUACCGCGCCCAGCAGAUGGAGACGCGCAAGUUCGGGGAGGCGCGUCCGAGAAAGCUCGACAACCCCAAGUUCAAGGAGGAGGAGGACGCGCUGCGCAAGCGCUUCACCGAGCAGGUCAAGAUCGAGGAGCAGCGCUUCCGGCAAUGGGAGCAGAAGCUCAUUGCCGAGCGCGACCGCCUCAACAAGGACCUCGAGCAGACGCAUGCCCAGAUCAAGCAGCUCGAGGCCGAGCUGGAACAGCUGCAGGGCAACGCCGUCCGCAGCCACGGACGUCGCUAGGGAACGACCGCGGCUCCCAGGUACUGGCCUGCCGCCUCCUGAAUCGUGUCGACAUGCGGUUCACGGCCUUCUCAGCUCUGCUCAGCCGGGUCGUGAUAGGCUCGUGAACCGGACAGCCUGUUGGACAUCGGCUCAUCGCGGCCUGGCCCAACUUUUCUUUCCUACCUCUUUCUUGUGCUUUUUUUUUUCUUGCUCUAUACUCCCCAAGUUAGUUAUUCAAUAGUACACGGGGAAAGGUGCGUAGAUCCUUGAUCGAAGGACAGAGGAACUCGGGACUAGUGCCAGGGACUCCGAGUCGCCAUCCUUGACGGACUCAGCCUUCUCGCCAAUUACUUUCUGGAA